UGAUGAUUGGCGGCAAGAGUAUAAAACCAGUCGCUGCAACUGAGAGCAGUAAUAAGUUUACAAAAGUAAAGCAAACUAAUAAGACGUAUAGUGAGGAGUUAUAAGUUAAAUAAUUAAUAAUGCCUGCAAUUGGUAUUGAUCUUGGAACUACAUACUCCUGUGUUGGAGUAUGGCAACAAGGAAAAGUUGAAAUUAUCGCCAACGAUCAAGGAAACAGAACAACACCUAGUUAUGUUGCGUUUACGGACACCGAGCGACUAAUUGGAGAUGCAGCCAAGAACCAGGUAGCGAUGAAUCCAUCAAACACAGUCUUCGACGCGAAACGACUUAUCGGUAGAAAAUUCGACGAUCCAAAAGUUCAAAGUGACAUGAAGCACUGGCCUUUCAAGGUUGUCAGUGAGGGAGGUAAACCAAAAAUCCAAGUUGAAUUUCGCGGUGAAGUUAAAAAAUUUAAUCCAGAAGAAAUAAGUUCAAUGGUCCUUACAAAAAUGAAGGAAACUGCCGAGGCUUAUCUUGGACAGAAAGUUAAGGAUGCAGUCAUCACAGUACCAGCAUAUUUCAAUGAUUCUCAACGUCAAGCCACCAAAGAUGCAGGUGCGAUCGCUGGACUUAAUGUUCUCAGGAUCAUAAAUGAACCAACAGCUGCUGCGCUUGCUUACGGUUUAGACAAGAACCUGAAAAAUGAAAAAAAUGUCUUAAUAUUUGAUCUUGGUGGUGGUACCUUUGACGUUUCCAUCCUGUCAAUCGACGAAGGUUCAUUAUUCGAGGUAAAGUCAACAGCUGGUGACACGCAUCUUGGUGGGGAAGACUUUGAUUCAAGAUUGGUAGACCAUCUGUGCAAAGAGUUUGAGAGGAAAUUCCGAAAGGAUCUCAAAACAAAUGCAAGAGCAUUAAGACGAUUGAGAACAGCUGCAGAACGUGCCAAACGUACACUGUCAUCCAGUACCGAAGCAACCAUCGAAAUCGAUGCUCUAUUUGAGGGCAUCGACUUUUAUACUAAAGUCUCAAGGGCACGAUUUGAAGAACUUUGUGCUGAUCUCUUUAGAUCAACUUUGGAGCCUGUAGAAAAAGCACUAGCUGACGCUAAGCUUGAUAAAAGAUCUAUUCACGACGUCGUCCUUGUGGGAGGUUCUACUCGCAUUCCAAAAAUCCAAUCGAUGCUCCAGAACUAUUUCUGUGGUAAACAACUUAAUUUAUCUAUUAAUCCUGAUGAGGCAGUGGCUUAUGGCGCAGCAGUGCAAGCAGCCAUCUUAACUGGUGAGGGUAACAAGAACUCGGUCCUCCAGGACGUUCUUCUUGUGGAUGUUGCUCCACUAUCUCUGGGUAUCGAGACCGCAGGUGGUAUGAUGACCAAAAUUAUUGAGCGCAAUGCUCGUAUUCCUUGCAAACAGUCGCAGACAUUUACCACAUACGCCGACAAUCAACCCGGCGUAAGUAUUCAAGUCUAUGAAGGGGAACGAGCAAUGACCAAGGACAACAAUAUGCUUGGUAAAUUUGAAUUGAGUGGAAUAGCACCUGCUCCACGUGGUGUACCUAAAAUCGAUGUCACCUUCGAUAUGGAUGCGAAUGGAAUUCUGCAUGUAACAGCCAAAGACACUGCCAGUGGUCGUAGCAAUGAUGUCCGUAUUACCAAUGACAAGGGACGUCUUUCACGUGAGGAGAUUGACCGCAUGCUCGCUGAAGCCGAACGUUAUCGCGAGCAAGAUCAACAGCAACGGGACAAAGUCGUAGCUCGCAACCAACUUGAAAGCUACUUGUUUUCAAUCAAGCAAGCGAUCCAGGAAAGUGGAUCUCGCUUAAAUCAAGCUGACAAAGAUCAUUGUCUUCAACUAUGUGACGAAACCAUCCAAUGGUUAGACAACAACACUUUAGCAGAUCAAGAUGAGUAUAAACAUAAAUUGGAUGAGCUACAAAAACAAUGUUCACCUAUUAUGACUAAACUUCAUCAAAGUGGUAACGCCGCGCAGGAUUGUGGAGCACAGUAUCGCCAAGCUGGUAAUAAUUACUCCGGGCCAACAGUUGAAGAAGUCGAUUAAACAUUUUUACAUCUCCAAAAUGAAACAAAUUAAAUAGACAAAAAUGUGAUUAAAUAAUAACAUAAAAGACUGAUAAUUAGAUGAAUGUGAUUGCAAGUCAACAUUUGUUUUUGAUUAUAUUUAUAAUUUUUUAAUGAAAAGUAUUAUAGUUAGUAAUUUAUGGUACUAAACGUUUACUUGUCAUUGUAUUUAUAUCAGUUAAUUAAUGUAAAUAGAAAGUUAAUAAUAAAAUAAUUUAUUCAUGUUUUUCAUCAA